GGGUCUCAGAAAAUAAAACUCACAUGAUCAAUCAAAUGCCUCAAAUGCAUAUAUACUCCAUAUAAGUUUCAGCUUUCUUAAUCAAAAGAAAAAGUUUCAGAUUUUACACACUGAAGAAGGACCCUUUACUUUACCGUUCUUCUUCUUCUUCAGUCUUCACCUCCUUCGUUGUUAUUUCUUCGGUAUUCGAAGAAAAUGGCGAAUGUAAUCGACGCGACGAUGCCGUAUAAACUUCUAAAGGAGGAGACCGAUUCUUCUUCAUCUUCUUCCAAAGGAGAAUCUAGCCCUGUCGACGCCGUUCUCUUCGUCGGGAUGUCUCUGGUGCUCGGUAUAGCUUCUAGGCAUUUGCUUCGCGGGACUAGGGUUCCCUACACCGUCGCUCUCCUCGUUAUCGGGAUUGCUCUUGGAUCUCUCGAAUUUGGAACCCAUCACCACCUUGGGAAGGUCGGCCAUGGAAUUCGUAUCUGGAAUAACAUCGAUCCAGAACUUCUUUUGGCCGUUUUUCUUCCGGCUCUUCUUUUUGAAAGUUCGUUUUCAAUGGAAGUUCACCAGAUCAAGAGGUGUCUGGGACAAAUGGUGCUCCUUGCUGGGCCUGGAGUUCUCAUUUCAACAUUUUGUCUUGCAUCGCUUGUCAAGCUCACUUUUCCGUAUGACUGGGACUGGAAAACGUCGCUGUUGCUUGGGGGACUUUUAAGUGCUACAGAUCCUGUUGCUGUUGUUGCUUUGCUAAAGGAGCUUGGUGCUAGUAAGAAGCUAAGCACUGUAAUCGAAGGGGAGUCCCUGAUGAAUGAUGGGACGGCAAUUGUGGUUUUCCAGUUAUUCUUAAAGAUGGUUAUGGGGAAUAGUUAUGACUGGGCUUCUAUAAUCAAAUUUCUGCUUAGAGUCGCACUUGGAGCUGUAGGUAUCGGUCUGGCUUUUGGCAUUGCCUCGGUUCUUUGGCUCAAGUUCAUAUUUAAUGACUCAGUAAUAGAGAUUACUCUUACGAUUGCUGUGAGCUACUUCGCAUAUUACACUGCUCAAGAGUGGGCUGGGGCUUCUGGUGUUUUGACGGUAAUGACUUUGGGCAUGUUUUAUGCUGCAUUUGCAAGGACAGCAUUUAAAGGCGACAGUCAAAAGAGUUUGCAUCACUUCUGGGAAAUGGUGGCAUAUAUUGCAAAUACUUUGAUUUUUAUCCUCAGUGGUGUUGUCAUUGCUGAAGGCAUUCUCGACAGCGAUAAGAUUGCAUACCAAGGGAAUUCAUGGGGAUUUCUUUUUCUACUAUAUUUUUACGUCCAACUAUCACGUUGUGUUGUUGUUGGAGUUCUAUAUCCAUUGCUCUGUCGUGUGGGCUAUGGCUUGGAUUGGAAAGAAGGCAUUAUACUUGUAUGGUCUGGUUUAAGGGGCGCAGUAGCGCUCUCACUUUCUUUAUCUGUGAAGCAAUCAAGUGGAAAUUCAUUUCUCAGCACAGAGACGGGAACAUUGUUUAUUUUCUUCACCGGUGGAAUUGUGUUCCUAACUCUGAUAGUCAAUGGAUCCACUACCCAAUUUGUUCUACGCCUUCUUCGCAUGGACGGUUUAUCAGACACAAAGAAACGAAUAUUGGAGUAUACAAAGUUUGAAAUGCUGAAUAAGGCCCUGCAAGCGUUUGAAGAACUAGGUGACGAUGAGGAGUUAGGACCUGCUGAUUGGCCUACAGUUGAAAACUAUAUUUUAAGCUUGAAAGAUUCAGAAGGGGAACAGAUUCAUCCUCAUAGUGGUUCUAGGACUGGAAGUCUUGACCAUACGAGUUUAAAGGACAUACGUAUACGGUUUUUAAAUGGUGUUCAAGCAGCUUACUGGGAGAUGCUUGAUGAGGGAAGAAUAUCUGAAACUAGUGCUAAUAUUUUGAUGCAAUCAGUGGAUGAGGCGUUGGAUCGGGUUUCUACAGAGCCUUUAUGUGACUGGAGAGGUCUAAAACCGCAUGUUAAGUUCCCGAGCUACUACAACUUUCUUCAUUCUAAAAUUAUCCCACGCAAGUUGGUCACAUACUUUGCUGUUGAAAGACUGGAAUCUGCUUGCUACAUUUCCGCUGCAUUUCUUCGCGCACAUACAAUUGCACGGCAGCAACUGUUUGAUUUUAUAGGGGAGAGUAGUAUUGGUUCAACUGUCAUCAAUGAAAGUAAAGUGGAAGGAGAAGGAGCGAAAGAAUUCUUGGAAAAAGUCCGAUCUUCACUUCCUCAGGUUCUUCGUGUUGUGAAAACAAAACAAGUAGCACAUGCAGUGCUGAAUCAUUUACUCGAUUACAUUCAAAACCUUGAGAAGAUUGGCUUGUUAGAGGAAAAAGAAAUCGCUCAUCUUCAUGAUGCUCUCCAGACUGGCUUGAAGAAGCUUUUGAGACAACCUCCAAUGAUAAAACUUCCAAAAUUAAGCGACAUGAUCAACUCACAUCCGCUAUCUGGUGCUCUCCCCGCUGCAAUAUGUGAAGCUCUAAAACACUCGAAAAAAGAAACAAUGAAGCUGCGUGGUGUCACGCUUUAUAAAGAAGGCUCAAAGCCAACUGGAGUCUGGCUUAUUUGUGAUGGCAUUGUUAAGUGGAAAAGCAAAAGCUUAAGCAACAAUCACUCGCUGCAUCCAACAUUUUCUCAUGGUAGUACAUUGGGACUCUAUGAAGUCCUCACUGGGAAGCCAUAUAUGUGCGACAUGAUCACAGAUUCUGUCGUUCUUUGCUUUUUCAUCAAUAGCGACAGAAUACUAUCUUUUCUACAAACAGAUUCCGCCAUCGAAGAUUUCCUUUGGAAGGAAAGUGCCUUGGUUCUUGUCAAACUCUUGCGUCCUCAGACAUUUGAAAAAGUGGCAAUGCAAGAACUACGAGCCCUUGUUUCCGCUGAAAGCUCGAAACUGACAACGUAUGUAUCUGGAGAAUCAAUCGAAAUCAAUUACAACAGCAUUGGUUUGCUAUUAGAAGGAUUCAUAAAACCAGUUGGUAUCCAAGAAGAGCUUAUAGCAGCUCCUGCUGCACUGUUGCCUUCCAACGGGGAACAAAGCUUCCGUAAUCCAUCAGAAUCUUCAUCAGGUAUCAUGAGAGCGAGUUUCUCACGGCAAGCAAUACAGUACAGUGUGGAGACAAGAGCAAGAGCGAUCAUCUUCAGCAUUGGAGCAUUUGGAGCUGAUAGGACGACUCUACAUCGAAGACCAUCUUCGUUAACACCAACACGUGUCUCAAGCUCUGAUCAGCUCCAGAGAUCAUUCAGUAAAGAACACAGGGGGCUCAUGAGCUGGCCUGAAAGUAUUUACAUAGCCAAACAACAACAAGAGAUGGUUAGAAAGACGUUAAGCUUAUCUGAACGAGCAAUGCAAAUUAGCAUUUUCGGCAGCAUGGUUAAUCUGUAUAGAAGGAGUGCAAGUUUUGAAGGAAAGCCAAGAGAUAACUUAUCGUACAAGAAACUUCCAUUAAACUCAGGUCAAGGUCUCGUUUCGGCUAAAUCAGAAGGUUCAAUUGUGAGCACGAAGCAGCUUGAAACCCAAAGAUUCGUGUCGCAACUUCCUGUGAAAGCAGAAAGCAGCACAAGGCGGAAAACGAUGGUAGUAGACUCAAGCGAUGAUGAAGAUGAAGAAGGACUCGUCGUGAGAGUUGAUUCUCCGAGUAACCUCGUUUUCAAGAACGAUCUAUGAAGCAUUAAUGUACUGUGUUGUAACAUAAUAAAUGUAAAAUGUUAUACAGCCUUGCUAAUUCUUGUGCACUUACUAAUUCCUGUGCAAAAGCAAAAAAAAAGAAUAAAGGCAAAACAACAUCGUUGUCAACAUCAUUCCAAAGUAGUUAGAACAAAUCCAUAGGUACAAAAUCUUCUUCCGGGUUAUUUUUUCACGCAUUUUUUUCCUGGUAAAAAUAUAUCUGCAAAUUUGAAGACAGAAUUCUUAUUUUAUUCGUUUAUUAAUGUUUUCU